CUAAAUCGUUCAUCAAUUAGACUUUGAGCUGCUCCCCAACAAGGUGAACCAUGACACUUAAGGGUUAAGACUGGGUUUUUGGAUAGGGAAAAUCACACCUUUAGGCCUAUUGAGACUGGACGCCAGAGAGAGACAGAGGCAUCUGUGGCAUCCGAGGCCUGACGAGAGCACAGGCAUGAAAACGCACGGGAGACUCGUUGAGCCAUUUUUUAAACUGGAUUCAUAUCUACAAGAUCAGACGGAGCAGUGACAUAGAGAGGAGUGCUAACUGAUGAACUAGAACAUGACGCCUCCCAAACCCCCCAGGACGAAGUACGCCACGCUGCCCACCAUCACCAGCUCCUAUGAAGUCCCUCAGCCAACCUACGAAGACCCGGACGCACCCACGCCUGUUGUCACAGUCGAAACCCAGCCUGAGGUUAAAGUCAAGCCUGUACCUCGUCCCAGGUCUAAAAUACAACCAAAGUCCCAGAGUAACAACAACAACAACAACACUGCUGACUCUGCAGACACAACCAGCAACACAGCCGAUGCAGAGAGUGGAUAUCCUGCUGACUAUAAGACGCCUCGCCCCGUCCGUCCUCCUCCCAGACCACCACUGUGCAAAAGCUUGACGUUACCUAAAUCCUCAGAGGCAGUCGAUGAAGGCAGUCACUACGUAACUUCAAUUUCUGAGCCAACGCCUGCAGCUGUCAGUCCUGAGACAAUACAAACUCCCCCUCCAAAGCGGCCUCAACGCCCUCCUCCUCCCUCCAUCUACUACGAUUCACCACAUUCUGCAGUCAGGUUAAAAUCUGAGAGUUACAGUGAUGGGAGUCAGUCAUCCAGGAGUUCCUACAGUGACUCUAUGAGACAAUCUCCCGUCCCAGCAGCUGUCUCUGAAGAGGAGGAGGUCAACCUGUUUGGGACUUACAGCACAACGGUCACAGAAAGACCUGCAGUUCCACCUCGACUCUGGCAGUCCUCCCUCCCCCGCACGCCUCCAGAGAGCAGACCACCGCCACCGUCAUUCACCCCUCCACCUCCACCUCCGUCAGAGUCACAGUCAGUGUACAGUGAGAUAGAGCACCGUCCCUACCUCGACGUUCUGCCGGAGGAAGAUGAUAACAUUACACUCGGGAGACCAACACUCAGCUUCCAGACUGGCAGCUACUCUUCUCAUCAGCAAAACGCAGAAGACACCGAAGACAUCAUCGGGAUGUUGAGGUGGCUGAAAAAAGUGUCAAAAUCUGAUUUAAUGGUUCCUCCUGUAUACGGCCUCAGUAUCGAGGAGGAAAUCAGGUCAUUCAAUCAGAGAGCCAUGACUGUGAAAAAGGCCCUGCGUCUCUACAACCUCCUCAUGAUAAAACGCAACGAAGGCCUGCGAAACAUCAUCAUCGAGUUCAACUCCAUCUCCGACCACCUGGACAAGAUGAAGAAGAAGACCAAAACCAUGGACAUCGCUGGGGGCACUACGGGUGCUGUCGGAGGCGUGACUGCAGUCUUGGGUAUCGCCCUGGCUCCUGUGACAUUUGGUACCUCGCUGAUUGCGACAGCUGUUGGUGCCGGUAUGGUGGCGUCUGCCGGGGGUAUGGGUGCACACACUGCCAAGGUCAAGAAGAACGUUGUGAACAGGAUGACGGUUGAGAAACUCGUCUACGACUAUAAGGGAGAUGUUGUUGACCUGGAGCAUUGUCUGAGUUUCAUCCUGUCUGGGAUGAACGAGCUGCGGAGGCACGACAUUGCCAGGAUACAGAGGGCCGGAGGUCAGCCUGACGCAGUGAGGAUAGCUCAUCUGUCACAGUCUGUGUUUCGGACGACCACGAACAAUGACAGGAGGAGUUCUGUCGCGCACACGGCUGGGAUGUCAUCAGAGCGACUGCUUAUGGCUUUUGUAAAAGAAAUGGAUCAGUAUUUUUCAGAAAAGGAUGAUCUAAAGUUGAAGAAGUCCAAUAAGAGCAAGUUUUCUGGUCGAGUUCGUCUGCUGGCUAAAAAUCUGCAGGAUGAACUCGAUCAAAUGAAUCUCAUGUGGGAAAUGUUUGGCUGAAUCAAGGACACUUUUCUUGGUUUGUUUGCGUGUUGUGCAGUCCGUUAUCAUUCUGAAGUCGUCAGUCGAUUUCAGUGUAAGGCACCCACGCCAAAAGCCACAUUUUGCAGUGGUAUCAUGCGCUGCUGGGAGCCCGGUGUUUGCGUCCAGUAUGAAUGUAGAGCCAAACCUAACAAUGUGUUUUUGUUUCUUAAACAUAAUCACAUGCUUUUGUUGAUGUCUCUGCAUUGGUUGCUGUCCUGAAACAUCAAUAGCAGAUGCAAGAGGAGACUUUGAGCGUAAUAUGUCGACAUAAAAUUCCCCUGAUAAAGCGGUGAUGUGAACGGGAUGGUGUGUGUGACUGUGUGUGUGUGUGAGAGAAAAGAGAUAUGUUUGUAAAUGUCUUAAAAAGAGCAUUUUUACGAAAUAUCUUACUUACCACUUAUAUUUUAAUAAACAUUUUAUAUUUAUUACA